GAUUCUUUUGCAGGCUGUAAAAAAUGAGCAAGAGCACGGAAUCGCACAGCAUUCCCAUAGCUGAGGGCACGAAUGCUGAGCAUGUGUUGUACCGCUUGAAACGUGGCUCUAAACUAUGCGUCCAUCCGGAUGUCGCAUUGCUGGGUCGCAAGAUCCUGUUGCUCACCAAUUAUCCGGCCGAGGGCAAGAAGUUUGUGCGCACCGAAUACCGUGUGCUUGGCUGGCAGCUCAAGGAUGGCAAGCAGGUGACCAGCGUGGAGCAUCCCGAAGUGCAUGUGGUGGACACAGAUAUCUACAGCGGACUGCAGCUUAACAUGUCGGGCACAUAUCGUUUCUACUUUACCUAUGCCGAUCGUGAAAGAACAUCUACCGAUGAAGCAGCCGAUGGUGCGCUCUAUGUGCAGGUGGAGCCUACGCUGCACGUCGGACCACCCGGUGCCCAGAAGAUCAUUCCGCUGAACUCGGUGCGUUGUCAGACGGUGAUGACCAAGCUGCUGGGACCGCUCAAUACAUGGGAGGCCAAGUUGCGCGUGGCCAAGGAGUCCGGCUACAAUGUCAUUCACUUUACGCCCAUUCAAGAGUUGGGCGGUUCCCGUUCCGGGUAUUCGCUGCGUGAUCAGCUGCGUGUCAGUUCGAAUUUCGCUGCCAAGAAGGGCGACAAGGUCACGUUCGACGAUGUGGAGAAGGUCAUCAAGAAGUGUCGCCAGGAAUGGGGCGUGGCCUCCAUUUGUGACAUUGUGCUGAAUCAUACGGCUAACGAAUCCGAGUGGCUGUUGAGUCAUCCGGAUGCCACGUAUUCCUGUGCUACAUGCCCUUAUUUGCGUCCCGCCUUCCUGCUGGACGCUGCAUUUGCACAGUGCGGCGCCGAUAUUGCAUCGGGCAGUCUGGAGAAUGUGGGCGUACCUCAGGUCAUCGAUCAGGAAUGCCAUCUGGAAGCCUUAAAGUACCAAUUGCACACUACCUACCUAGCCAAGGUCAAUAUCCAUGAACUGUAUCAGUGCGAUGUCAUGAAGUAUGUCAAUGAAUUCAUGACCCAAGUGCGCACUCGCGAACCGCCCCAAAAUGUGGCAAAGCAGUCGCGCUUCUCGGAGAUCAAGCUGAUACAGGAUCCGGAAUAUCGACGCUUGGGUAGCACCAUAGAUUUCGAGUUGGCGUUGGAGGUCUUUAAUGCUUUCCAUGGCGACUGUUUCGAUGAGGAGUCGCGUUUCCGCAAAUGCGCAGAGACACUGCGCCAUCAUCUGGACGCUCUUAACGACAGUGUGCGCGCCGAGCUUCAGGGCUACCUCAACUAUGCCAUCGACAAUUGUCUAGCUGGCAUACGAUACGAACGUGUUCAGGGCGAUGGACCGCGUGUGCGUGAAAUCUCCAUCAAGCAUGCGGUGUUCAUGACGUAUUUCACCCACACGGGUACCGAGGGCAAGACGCUGUCGGAGAUUGAGCAGGAUAUGUAUGGCAAGGCGGGCGAAUUCUUUAUGGCUCACAAUGGCUGGGUCAUGGGCUCCAGCGAUCCCUUGUUGGACUUUGCCGAACAGCAGCCUGGACGUGGAAAUGUGUAUCUGAAACGUGAGCUCAUCGCUUGGGGUGACAGCGUGAAAUUGCGCUUCGGCAAACGUCCUGAGGAUAGUCCAUAUCUGUGGCAACACAUGACCGAAUAUGUGGAGACCACAGCACGCAUUUUCGAUGGCGUUCGUCUCGACAAUUGCCACUCGACGCCGUUGCAUGUGGCCGAGUAUUUGUUGGAUAAGGCGCGCAAAAUCAAUCCCGAGUUGUACGUGGUUGCCGAGCUGUUCACCAACUCGGAUGGCACCGAUAAUGUCUUUGUUAAUCGCUUAGGCAUUACGUCGCUAAUCCGAGAGGCGCUUUCUGCUUGGGACUCGCACGAGCAGGGGCGUCUGGUGUAUCGUUAUGGUGGCGUACCCGUUGGGGGUUUUUAUGCGAAUCCCAAACGCGACGUGGCUCCAAGUGUGGCGCAUGCGCUCUUCAUGGAUCUGACACACGACAAUCCUUCGGCUGUGGAGAAGCGUUCGGUCUACGAUCUUUUGCCCUCCUCUGCUUUGGUGGCCAUGGCUUGCUGUGCCACGGGCAGCAAUCGCGGCUACGAUGAAUUGGUGCCACAUCAUAUUCAUGUGGUCGAUGAAGAACGUCCGUAUCAGGAGUGGGGCAAACAAGUUGACUUUAACACGGGCAUCGUAGCUGCCAAGCGCGCUUUGAACUUACUCCACGGUCAGCUGGCGGAGGAAGGCUUCAGCCAGGUGUACGUCGAUCAAAUGGAUCCCAAUGUGGUUGCAGUUACUCGCCAUUCACCCACUACACAUCAAACUGUUAUUCUGGUGGCUCACACCGCUUUCGGUUAUCCCUAUCCCAAUGCAGGACCCACAAAUGUGCGUCCGUUGCGCUUUGAGGGUGUGCUGGAUGAGAUCAUACUGGAGGCCAAUCUGACCACAAAGAGCGACAAACCUUUUGAUCGCCCAGCGCCCUUCAAAAAGGACGAGCAUGUGCUCAACGGUUUCACACAGUUCCAACUGUCGCUGCAGGAGCACAUUCCGCUCAGCAAAUCGCAGGUGUUUGAGACCAGCUCCUAUGUGGAUGGCAACAACACCCAGCUGAAUUUCUCCAAUCUGCGUCCUGGCACAGUUGUUGCCAUUCGUGUCUCCUUGCAUGCCAGUGUGCGCAAUAGUUUCGAUCGUCUGCAGCAGGUCACGAAUGCCCUGCGCGUCGAGUCGGGAUCGCAGUGCAAGGAACUGCAGGAGAUUGUCUCCAAGCUGGACUUGACGGCGCUGAGUCGCGCGCUCUUCAGUUGCGAUCAGGAGGAACGCGAUAUGGGCUUGGGUGGCUCUGCCUAUGAUAUUCCCAACUUUGGUCCAAUUGUGUAUUGCGGUCUGCAAGGAUUUGUUUCGUUGCUAACGGAAAUUUCACCACGCGAUGAUCUGGGUCAUCCAUUGUGCAACAAUUUGCGUGAUGGCAACUGGAUGAUGGAUUACAUUGCCGAUCGCCUGAAUAACUUUGAGGAUCUGCGACCACUUUCGGUCUGGCUGAAGGCUACGUUUGAGCCGCUGAAGAAUGUGCCACGCUACCUCGUGCCUUGUUACUUCGAUGCCCUUGUGAGCGGCGUUUACAAUGUGCUCGUUAACCAGGUCAACCAGCUGAUGCCCAGUUUCAUACGUGAUGGUCAUCACUUUACCCAAGCUCUGGCGUUAUCUACGCUGCAGUUUCUGGCCGUCUGCAGGUCCGCCAAUCUGCCCGGCUUCAGUCCAGCGCUCAACCCACCGAAGCCCCCCAAGCAGUGUGUUACUUUGUCUGCCGGAUUACCGCACUUCUCAACAGGUUACAUGCGCUGCUGGGGUCGUGACACGUUCAUUGCAUUGCGCGGCACACUGUUGCUCACUGGCAGAUUCAGCGAGGCACGUUUCAUCAUUCUCGGCUUUGCAGCUGCCAUGCGUCAUGGUCUGAUACCCAAUCUGUUGGACAAUGGCUCCAAACCGCGUCUCAAUUGCCGUGAUGCCGUCUGGUGGUGGCUGCACAGCAUUAAGCAGUAUGUCGAGGAUGCACCCAAGGGUAGCGACAUUCUCAAGGAUAAGGUGUCGCGCAUCUUCCCCUACGAUGACUCGGAGCCCCAUGCACCUGGCGCCUUCGAUCAGCUGCUCUACGAUGUCAUGCAGGAGGGACUGCAGGUGCAUUUCCAGGGAUUGCAGUAUCGCGAACGCAAUGCUGGCCACGAGAUUGAUGCGCACAUGGUGGAUCAGGGUUUCAACAAUCAUAUUGGCGUGCAUCCUGACACUGGUUUUGUGUUUGGCGGUAACAGCGCCAAUUGCGGCACCUGGAUGGACAAGAUGGGUUCCUCCGAGAAGGCUGGCAAUCGUGGACGUCCCAGCACACCGCGUGAUGGUUCGGCCGUUGAAUUGAUUGGCCUGGAGUAUGCUGUAUUACGUUUCAUGCAAGGAUUGAGCGAGCGUCAAGUGAUUCCCUACAGCGGCGUUGAGCGCAAGGGUCCGUCGGGAGAACAGACAAAGUGGAGCUACAAGGAGUGGGCAGAUCGCAUACAGAAGAACUUCGAUCAGCAUUUCUUUGUGAAGGACACGGACACCACGUCGGUGGCCAACAAGAAGGGCAUCUACAAGGACAGCUGCGGCGCCACCCAGGACUGGACCGAUUUCCAGCUGCGUUGCAACUUCCCCAUCACACUGACAGUAGCUCCGGAUCUAUGCGAUCCUCAGAACGCUUGGCGUGCUCUUGAGGCGGCCCGGAAACAUUUGCUGGGCCCGUUGGGCAUGAAGACAUUGGAUCCCGACGAUUGGAACUACAGGGCCAACUAUGAUAACUCCAAUGAUUCAACAGAUUGCACUGUCGCCCAUGGCGCCAACUAUCAUCAGGGACCCGAAUGGGUCUGGCCCAUCGGUUUCUACUUGCGUGCACGCCUGAUCUUUGCCAGAAAGUGUGGCUUCCUCGACGUGGUCAUUGCCGAGACGUGGGCUAUACUGCGUGCCCAUCUGCGUGAGCUGCAGACAUCUCACUGGCGUGGUCUGCCCGAGUUGACCAACGACAAUGGCAGCUACUGCCAUGACUCUUGCCGCACCCAGGCCUGGAGCAUAGGCACAGUGCUGGAGGUGCUCCACGAUCUGCAUGCUCUGGGCGCCGAUAAAUAGUUCGAGCAACUGCCGUCAUAUCUAAUCAACGAAUCUCUCGAUUGCAGAGAUAUAUAAUUAUUAACUUAACUAAAUUAUGCGGAAGGCAAAAAGGAAAAUAUUGGUAGAUGCUACAAAGAAUUUGGUUUAAUGAUUCAAUUAAUGGGCGUAACCAUAAAAGUUAUUUGUUCAAUUUGUUACCAAAGUUGUUGAUCAUCCCAUUCUCUAUUAAAGUUCUUUAAUCUCUAA